AUGUCAGUCCUACAAAUGUUGGACUACUUGAGCUACAGUCUGGUCCUCACAAUGACCGGGUACAUUAUGCCCUUGCUGAGCCUCGGCUUCCUCUCCCAUCGGAUUGCAUGCUUCCUGAAAACUAAGGAAGGAAUGUUUGACCGGUGGUCUGUGUCCUUCCACCACCCUCUGUGUGUGGCUCUUAUGUCUGUCCUCAUGUACUUGCUGCUAUAUUCCCCUUACCAUGUGAUGCAUAACGAUUAUAUUGGGUCAUGGCUGUUUAAGGACAGUGUGUCUCCAUGCACACAUGACAUCAUGAAGAGCCUGUACAUCCUCAGUCACCACGUGGCUUUUGCCCACAGCAUCAUCAACCCUGCCUUGUACUUCUUCAUGGGAGACCAGUUCAGGGAACUGCUGAUCAGCCACAUCUGGCUGCCAUAUCGAACACAAGGGACUUAUAGCUAG